CCCCCCCUUCCCCCCCCCGGCAUGGCUGAGUCGGGGGCUCCGGGCCAGGACCCGGUGGCUUCCUUCGACCAGAAUGGGCCCAACGGAUCCCCCGCACCUGGCAACAUCACCUGGACUGUCCCCCUGGUCUGGCUGGAACAGCUGCUGCCCACUUCGCCCAUGCUUGCUGACCUCCGUCGCAGCCUCUCAAUUGGGGUUCCCCAGCAGGAGGAGGGGAGCACCCGGACCCUUGAGCUCGGGGCCACUGCCGGCCCUGUUCCCCCGUGGUCUCAUGAAAGCCCCUGCCUGGGUCCGGCCCUGCUGCAGGACCACCGUACUAGCACGCCUGUUUCGGAGGCGUCUCCAGGAGCCAGGGCAACCCCCACCUGCUGCCAGGACUUGGGGCCCAAGAGCCCCUUGGAGCAGGCUGGGCCCACCGCCUCGCCCUGCUUGGCUGCCCUGGAGGCUGAUGCCACGGCUUCCCCGGAGGGCCAGGAAUUGCCUGUCGUGUGCCAGGACCCAAGCACUGCCCAUGUCUCCCUGGCGGGCUGUGGGUGCCAUGGCCUUUGGGGGUCUCCUUUGAGCGUCCUGGGCGAUGGACUUGACGCCUCUCUGGCCGGGAAGGAGCCCCCUUGGCAAGGCCCCAAACGGAUGAGCACCAACCCUCCCUGCCUCACCUGUGCCCAAGCCUGCACCCUCGCUGGCGGCCUCCCCCAGCAGAAUCGGGGCACCAGCGUCACCCCCGUCUCCGUGGCGUCUGCAGCUGCUGGGACCUCCCAGCUGAGCCUCCGGGAGGCUGGAGUGAACACCUCCCCUGCGGAGAAGGCCACCACCACGGACAACACAGCUGAGACUGACUCCCUUCUCUGGCACUGCUCCCGGGACCAGCUGAGCCACCUCUCCCGGGCGGAGCUGGAGGAGCGCCUGGAGAGCACCCUCAUCAUCAUGGAUGCCCUCUCGCACCAGAUCCGGGCUGCCCAAGACUUCCGGCGAUCGGCAGCUCCAGUGGGGCCAGCGGACCAGAGGGACGCGGCCACCCAGACCCCCACCGCCGACUCCAUCGAGGACGAUCCAGUUUCCAAGCGUCCGGAUUUUGAUCAGGCGGGGGAGCGACUCUACCACAGACUCUACCUGGAGCAGCGGCUGCGCUUCCGCUCCCUGCAGGGCGGCCAGAAGAACCUGCAGGGCCUCGCCCAGCAGCUGGAGGGCGCCAACGAGGAGAUGAGAGUGUGGUCAUCCAAUUCCAGGCAGCUCCAGGCCAAGGUGGACACCGCCUUCCAGCAGCUUCAGGAUGACCGGAGGUCUCUCUGCCAGCAGCAGAAGCAGAUGGGCCGGCUGCUGGCUCAGGCCAGGUCCCAGAUCCAGCACUGGGGCCAGAAGCAACAGGAGAUGUCCCGGGAGCUGGAGGCGCCAACGAGGAGAUGGCAAAGAGUGUGGUCAUCCAAUUCCAGGCAGCUCCAGGCCAAGGUGGACACCGCCUUCCAGCAGCUUCAGGAUGACCGGAGGUCUCUCUGCCAGCAGCAGAAGCAGAUGGGCCGGCUGCUGGCUCAGGCCAGGUCCCAGAUCCAGCACUGGGGCCAGAAGCAACAGGAGAUGUCCCGGGAGCUGGAGGCGGCCCUGAAGGCGAAGGACACGGCCAACCUGGUUCGGGAGUCGGUGCAGGCCGGUGCUGCUGCCAAGAUCCGGAAGCUGGAGCCGAGUGCCGAGUCCCAGCAGCGCUUGUGGGUCCUGCUGCAGAAGGCAAAGGCACUUGAGGUGGAUCUGUUGUCUGGCUAUGGCCGCCACGUGGCCGAAGGAGACAGCCUUGCAGCAGCCCUCCAGGCCGAUUGGGCUCAGAUGCGGCUGGACUACCAGGGGUACCGCAGCAGCAUCAGCAAGUGCCUCGUGGCCAACCGGAAGAUGGCGGAGGAGGUGGAGGCCGCCCGGACUGAAAGCGCCCGGUUUCGAGAGGUGUGCCAGAAGCUGGAGGAGACGACGGUAGAACUGGUUGAAGCGCUGGGCCGGGUGAACGAGCUGGUGGAGACCAACAUGCGGCUGGACCGAGACUUGCAGGCUGCUCUGGCAAGAGGGACGGCCUCGGAAGAGCAGCUGCAGCAGCUGCAGGAAGAACGGCUGGAGCUCAGCCAGCGGCUGGAGGAGAAGGCGACGGCCAUCCAGCAGCUGCAGGAUGAGGCUGCCAGGCUGGCACAGGAGAAGGAGAGGGUGCAGCAGGAACGGGACGGCGCCCAGCGGGACUUUCGGGAGGCCUCGGAUUGCCGCGAGUUUCUCGAGCAGGAGAACCAGGUUGCCCGCCGCCAGCUGAGCGAGACGGAAGAAGAGCUGAAGGCCAGCCUCUCCGCUCUGCGGGAACGCGGCAGCCAACUGGAGGACCUCAAGGACGCCCGCCAGAAGCUCCAGCAGGAGCAGGAGUCACUGCGCGCUGAGCUGGAUGGCGCCAGGGCCAAGAUCCAGGACACCAAAAUGGGCCUGGAGGGGCUUUUCCGGGCCGUGCUGGAGUUGGGCGGUCUCCACACCCAGUUCCUGGAGGUUGCCGACAUUCUGCAGACGGGUCGGCCAGGCGCGGCAGCCCAAGUGGCCCCCCAGAGCAGCACAUCCACUCCGGCCCAGCGCACCCCCCACCGCCCGGGGGUCUCCUUGGUGGACAGCGUCCUUCGAGCUGCGUCCCAGGGAGCCCCAAAGACCCCCGGCCUCUGGAGCGAGACCACCGCAUUUACGCGCGCAGCCCCGGCCCCUCCUCCCCAGCUCUCAGAUAUUCUAGCCUCCCUGGCCAGCCACACCCAGGACCUGCGCCUGGCCGUGGAGCAACUGCGCCUCCUGGCCAGGCGUUGCCAAGAAGACAUUGGAGAGCUGCGGGCACAGAUUUUGCAGAUGGAGCAACAGCUGGAAACGUCUCAAACGCAGCACCAGGCCGAGAUGGACGCUUGUCGAGCCACCCAAAUCAAGCUCAGCAAGAUUCUGCACCUGAAGAUUCAGAGCGAGAAGGAGCUUCAGGAGCUGCUGCGUCAGCAGGAAGAGAAGCAAUGCCAGCUGAGCGACCAGAAGAGGGAAGUGGCGACCCUGCGAGAGGAGGUGGCCCAGCUGAAGCUGGAGCUCCAGAAGUCGGAGAUGGCAGCCACCACUCUGUGGGACGAGAUGAGCGGGACCCGACGCCCUGAUGCCCAGGAGAAGAUCUGGCUGCGGCAGGAGGUUGGGAAGUUAAAGGAGCUGCUUCUGCAGAAGGACACCGAGCACACGAAGGCCCUGACCAGCCACGUCACACAGGUGAGGUGCCUGGAGGAGCGGCUAUGCCAGGCCCAGCAGCUGCUGAGGCGCCAGGAAAAGGUGGAGGCGAACCUGAAGCAGGCCCUCUCCAGGUUGCCGACUGAAGUGUCCAGCCUCACUGAGAUCCAGCGCCUUGUGGAUCUCUUGGUCUGAAGAGGCCACAGAGGCAAAAGCACGAGUUUGUUCUCAAUUGUCUGAUGAAGUAAAUGUUAUGUCUGUUAUGUU